CAGCAGACUCCCGUGCGCUUGCCUCGUCCCAUCUCCAUUCUCAACUUUGAUCGCUGCUUCAAGUCUUCGGCCGUCGCCAGACGACAAAGGUUUCCAUCCUUGAGACCCUCAGCAGGCGUCCUUCUUGGUUUCCACCGCACGUACACACACCACAUCGUGCCCCUCCGCGCUUCUCAAAUGCUCCCCGCCUUCUUGCUCCUCACCGCCGCGGCGGCGGCGACCCCAGCAGACGGCAUCCGCACCUUCGCGGUUCGAAACGCGCAGAGCGACGCGUACUCGGCUGAUCCAGCCACGCGCAUGGCCUGGUUCCACGAAGAGGGAACGCGCGUGCGCUUGAAGUACGCUGAGCGACUCGGCCUCAAUGUCGACGCCAUUAAGGCGUCCCGCAAGCGCAGCACUGUGCAGGUGCAGAACUGGGGCUCAUCCUACUCUGUGCAGGUCGACAUCGGGACGCCGCCGCAGACCUUCGACACAUUUAUCGACACAGGUUCCUCCGACCUGUGGGUCGUUGGCCGGUGCCAAGACCCACGGGAGUGCGGGAUGAGCAAGCCGUUCGUGCCCAAAGACAGCUCGAGUUUCCAGGGGACCGGGCGCAUCUUCAACAUCACGUAUCUCAAGGGUGAGACGGUGGGGGAGUGGGUUGAGGACGUUGUCUCAGUCGGCGGGGUGGGAAUUCGGACCAUGUUUGGGCUCGCGGACUACUUGACUGAAUGGUCGACGGAGCAGAGCGCGCUCAUGGGCCUUGGGUUCCAGGACGCGUCCACCGGCGGCGAGAUGCCGUGGUGGCAGGCGGCGAGCGCGAAUUGGACCGAGAAGAGGUGGGGCAUGUACCUCGCCCGCACGGCCAACUGGACGGAUGCGGUCUCCAACCCCUCGCCCCAAGGCGGCGAGCUGACCUUUGGCGGCAUCGACCGCUCCAAGUUCUACGGCGACGCGUCCUUCUACUCUCUCGCGAGCCGGCGCGGGCUGUGGACCAUCCCGUCGCAAGGUAUCGCGCUGCAGGGCCGUAUUCUCGAUCCAACCACCGUGCUCGCAACCACAGAUAGCGGGACAAGCAUCAUCAUGGGCCCCGAUGCGGCAGUGCUCGCCUUCUAUCGCGCGAUCGACCCGAGAGCGGUUGCCUUCUCCGACGGGUCAUGGGCGUACGAGUGCGGUCCGGGCGGCAACAUCAACGCGUCCUUUGCUUUCGGGACACCAAACGAGCCCGGCUUUGGCCCACCCCGCCUCUUUGAGAUGUGGGACGGCGACCUCGUCUUCUUCUCUGGUACCCGUGCAGAGUUUGCUACCGCCGGAGUGCGCUUGCCUCCCUUCAUGAUGGGCGAGCGCUACUGCAUCGGCAACGUCAUGUCCUGGAACGACGACACCGUCAGCAACUACUGGCUCAUCGGAUCACCAUUCCUCCGCAACGUGUACAGCAUCUACGAAACGACACCGAUUCGCCACGGCUUCGCGCCGCUCUCGUUCGAGUUCAACUUGAAGUACGGCGAUACAUACAACCCAAUCCAGGGCGGGGACGGUGCCAGCGGUGGUGGGAAUAGCCCGCACAGCCCCAGCGCUGGCGGGGGUAAUGUUACCACAGACGCUGGCCAGGGAGGUGGCCAAGCAACAACCAAGCCGAGCGGAGCGGGGCGUUCGGGCGUGGCGAUGCUCGUGGGGGGUUUGGCGCUGGCAGUGUGGUGCUUGUAGCAGCUUGCGUAGCGAGGAUCAUUGUACUUGGGUUUUUGUGGAUUGGCGGUGGUGGGUCACGCGCCCGAUUUGGCUCAAGGCUGUAAUUCGGUAGCGGUAUGCCGAUUCUGUUAAUGAGUGGAG